AUGACACUACCGGUUUUCUCAUUUCUCCAGUAAGUUUGAAAAAUGUUGAAUGAGGUAACAUUUGUUAUUUUCAAGAUGUUGUAUUCUUUUUCUUCCGGAUUCAUUUUUUUCACUCUAACACAUUCUAAUAUUAUACCUACUCAAUAUAUUCGUUUGGGUUUGAAUUUGUCGGGAAGUAUGUUUUUAUCAAUAUCAUGUAUGUUGGCGGUUAUGUUCAUACAUCGUUAUUUUUCUAUUGUAAAGCCUGAACAGUUAUUCCAUUUUCAAGGAAAAAGACUAACUUUGUGGCUGUUAUAUACUUUAUUUUUUGGAGUGAUUUGUUACAUAAUUGUGCUUCAAUUCGUAAACAUUGAUGAUGUUACCAGAGAAUACACUAAUAACGAUUUGAGCAAUUACUAUGGUGUUUUUAUUGAUGAUAUUGCAGCUUUCACAUUUAUAUAUUAUGACACAAAAUAUCGAUGGAAAAGUAUUUGUUUCAUAAUAUUCAUCACAUUAACUAUGGUAACUUCACAUUUUCCCAAAUCUGAUCAAACUCAAAUUUUAGAUUGUUCAAAAUUUGAUAAUAUUUUUUUGUGGUUUGAAAAUUCGCGCUAAACUCUACAAUCAAAAACAUCGUUACUCAUCAGCGCUUUAUAAAUUGCAUCAACAAUUUUUCAAAACUCUUGUUCUUCAAGUAACAAUUCCUACAUUAUUCAUUUUCAUCCCAGUUUUUCUCAUCCUUUAUGCACCAUUGAUUGGUGUUAACUUGACUGUGCUAUCAACAAAUGUGUUUUGGUUAUUCUAUUUGUAUCCAGCUAUUGACUCCUUUAUCGUUAUGUAUGUUAUAACAGAGUACAAAUCGGCAUUGAAAGGUAUGGCAACGUGA